GCUUUCAAAGCAAGUGGUCUCACAUUCAAACUGAAUGUGUUAAGCAGUUCUGAGAACCUACUCUGCAUCAAAAACCUUCGACAAUGCAGUGAGAAGAGUUAAUCUCCGUACAAUCAAAAGAAAAUAUUUGUCAACAUUCACAAUGGACGGGGGAGGAAGAGAAAGGAGCUCCUCCCCAUCCAAACCUUCAAAGUUUUCGGUGUAUCAGAACCCAGCCCUAUCUGCAGUCCUAACCGCCAACAGUCUUCGGCCGUCGAAGUCCACAUUCCUGUCUAUCUUCCUUGUCUCCACUGCUUCGGCCUUUGCUUUUCUCGGCUUUAUCUCCAGGGAAAAUGGGUUUGUCAACAAAUUGAGAGUCAAAAAUAUUUCCCAAGAGGCAGCUUAUUUUUUUGCCAAGGUAAUAGAGACGGUGGUAGGCUUAGUUUUUGUUGGAACUAUUUCUGCCCUUUUCAAAGCCAUCUACUUGCGAAGAGCAAGAAAUAUUGCUGGUGUAUCGGUUAUAUCUCCCUCCAAGGGAACUAAGGAUCAAACAUGCCUUACAAAUCGUCAACUAGGGCUUUUGGGAAUCAGGCCAAAGGUUGAACAGGUCAUGUCUGAAACUUCAAAGAAGCCCCCUAAAUCUAAAUCUCAUUUGCCGUCUGUUUCAUCAGAUGCCCUUGUUCCACUUCAUCCUCCGGUUGCUAGUUCAAAUCGUGCAUCUCGAAUUGGCACUGAUAAGUCAAGCAGCAGUAGUGGGAAUAAGUUACGCUCUCUCAGUACUCCAUCUAAAUCACCAGUUUCUCCAUCUUCUCUAUAUCUUGUCCCUGGACCCACAUCACAGCUACCUCCUGUUCAGACUUCACCAGGUAUGGAUCCAUUAGCCUUGACCCCUUGGUCAAAUAAGGGAGGCUCCUUCACUAAAGAGAUAACAACAGAAGAAAAGCUUGAGCGGUUCUUGGCAGAUGUAAAUGAGAAAAUCACCGAAUCAGCAGGAAAACUGGCAACUCCACCACCUACCAUUAAUGGGUUCGGCAUCACCAGUCCUAGUACCAUUGCCAGUUCAGGCAAUGCUUCUGGAGCUACAAGGAGUACACCAUUAAGGUCUGUGAGGAUGUCCCCUGGUUCCCAGAAGUUCAGCACUCCCCCUAAAAAGGGAGAGGGUGAGAUUCCACCACCUAUGUCCAUGGAAGAAGCAAUUGAGGCUUUUGAUCAUUUAGGCAUCUAUCCUCAAAUCGAGCAGUGGCGUGACCAUCUUAGGCAAUGGUUUUCUUUGGUUUUGCUCAAUCCUCUAGUUAGCAAAAUUGAAACCAGCCAUAAUCAGGUAAUGCAAGCGGCUGCUAAACUUGGUAUUUCUAUUACAAUCAAUCAAGUGGGAAGUGAUUUGCCUACUACUGGAACUCCUGCUACUGUGUCUCCAGUCGAUAGGACUAAGGAAUGGCAACCAACAUUUACUCUUGAUGAAGAUGGGCUUCUUCAUCAAUUACGUGCAACUCUUGUGCAGGCUCUUGAUGUUUCCUUGCCAAAGUUGUCCAACAUACAACAAUCACCUCAGCAGAAUCCAAUGAUUCCUAUCAUGCAAGAGUGUGUGGAUGCCAUUACUGAGCACCAAAGGCUUCAUGCAUUGAUGAAAGGAGAGUGGGUUAAAGGUUUGCUGCCACAAAGCAGUGUUCGGGAAGAUUAUACUGUACAACGGAUCCGGGAGCUUGCUGAUGGAACCUGCUUGAAGAAUUAUGAGUAUCUUGGAAAUGGAGAGGUUUAUGACAAAAGGAACAAGAAGUGGACUCUUGAGCUUCCUACUGAUUCUCACUUGCUUUUAUAUCUAUUCUGUGCUUUCCUAGAACACCCUAAGUGGACACUGCACAUGGAUCCUACAUCUUUUAUUGGAGCACAGUCUACCAAAAAUCCCUUAUUCUUGGGAGUUUUGCCUCCAAAGGAAAGGUUUCCUGAGAAGUACAUAGCUGUCACAUCUGGUGUUCCUUCUACUCUUCACCCAGGAGCUAGUAUACUGGUUGUCGGAAGGCAAAGCCCUCCAAUCUUUGCCUUGUACUGGGAUAAGAAGCUGCAGUUCUCUCUUCAGGGAAGAACUGCACUAUGGGAUUCCAUCUUAAUUCUGUGCCACAGGAUUAAGUACGGCUAUGGGGGAAUCAUCCGGGGCAUGCAUCUUGGUUCUUCUGCUCUGUGCAUCCUCCCAGUUCUUGAUUCAGAAAGUGAAGAUUGAGAACUCACACGGCAUCCCACUUUGUGGUUUUGCUUGUACUAGCCGUUUUGGUGCAGAAAUCAGCGAGGGUGGACUUGGACCAGACCAAUGUGUUCAUCAAAUCAUGCGGCAUACCCUGAUGCAGAAGAUUCUGUCAGGUAUAGGAGGGCUGCUUUCAGAUUUUGUACCUGAAAAAAUAGAUCAUUGUUAGAGAUGCUCCUUUUACUGCUGAUAGAUGAUUGACACCGGACUUGGGGGAGUCUGGUUUAAACUUUGGAAAAAAAGUACAGUUUCCCUCCUUGUACUUUUGAGGCAAGUAACUUGUUUGAAACAAUUGACUUGUUCAAUUCGCAUUAUUGCUAACAUGUGAAACCAAGGUGCCUUUUGGUGGAUUAUUCCAAGUUAUAAGAUGAACAAAGGCCCAUUGCUGAUUUGCUA